UUUCACCAGACUCAUCACUCUGGUCAGCAGCUGGAGGGAGUGAAAGGAGAAGCUGUGAGCAGCAGGCAGUCUGUAGCCUGAGUCAGUCUGACCCAACCCAGCAGCAUAUAACCCAGUCUCAUACUGGUCAGUGUCUCAUACACUCUGGCUCCUCUGGGAUGGACUCAUGGAAAACCAGUUCUGAUAUCUGAAGCCUGACAGACAUUAGCUUCCAGCCAUGGGGGACUGGUCUUACAUGUCCUCACUGCUGGACAAGGUCCAGUCUCACUCCACCGUGAUAGGGAAGAUCUGGAUGAGCGUCCUCUUCCUGUUCAGGAUCUUUGUCCUGGGUGCUGCUGCGGACAAAGUCUGGGGGGAUGAGGUGUCAGAGUUCUACUGUGACAGCCUGGAACCAGGAUGUGAACACGCCUGCUACAACUGGAUGUUCCCAAUGUCCUACAUUCAUUACUGGGUCCUGCAGAUCAUCUUUGUGUCAACACCCACCCUAGUCUACCUGGGCCACGCUGUCCACACAAUCCACAAGGACAAGAGGAGGACGGAGAAGCUGUGUGACAGCACCAGUGGAACUGUCUUGAAGAAGCCCAAGUAUACUGAUGACAGAGGGAAGGUGAAGAUAACAGGGGUCCUCUUCUGCACUUACAUGACCCAGCUGGUCUUCAAGAUCCUCCUGGAGGUGGGAUUCACUGUGGCUCAGUUUUACAUCUUUGGCCCUGUGAUCAUGGUGGCCCACUUCCACUGUACUAUGUCUCCACCUUGUGCCCGUCACAGUGGCGCCUUGUGUUACAUUUCUCGUCCCACAGAGAAAACCAUUUUUGUCUUCUUCAUGCUCGUAGUUUCAGGCGUUUCAGUGCUCCUCAACAUCCUGGAGAUCAUCUACCUGAUCUGUAAAAAGAGCAGAGACACCAGGAAACAGCGUCAGGCUCAGCAGUAUAUGCUCAGCUCACAGCAAGGCCCGUCCCACCCAGGCUGGGGGGGCAUGAGCAAGCAGUAUGGAGGCGUCCCAAUGCUGCCUCUGCCGACGGCGGCUCUGACAGGCCUCCGCAGCGAUGACCAACACAUGGAGUCUGUCAGUAAAGAGAAGGACACCUGAUACAUGAAUGACACUCUGUACAGGUGAUAUAUACGAUCAACAGCUGGUUCUUGAUUGAAUUAUUAAAUGUACUGUGCCUCAGGAUGAUAACGUUUAUAAUUUACUGUGUUAAAGUCUCAACUGAAUGUGUGAAUAAAACACUGUGAUGGUCACUGUGUCACACAUCUACUGUUCCACUGGUCAUUCUUCAGCAAAGGUCAUAGAGGUCAGUCUGUUAUCAUGCGUACCAGAGCUGUAAUAUGUCCUAUUUGUAUUGACAAUAUGAGUCCCAUUGUGCUGCAAUGAAUGUCUACAUUUUAUAAUAGCAACUGAUCAUAAACCAUUAGCUUACUUCUGAACUAAUCACUUAAAUAUAUGUUUGAAUUAUUAGUAAAUAAUUGAGUGUGCCAUUAAACUGUUGGAAGUCA